UGGCGCGAAAGUUGCACGCCGAACAUAUUUCGUCCCUGCUUUGCCCCAAUACGGAAUGCCGCAGCCUUCUAUAACAUCGUUCUUUUCGCCGCCAAAACCGAAGGCGAAGCCAGCAAGUGACCCUGGUGACGGUGACAAGAAGAAGCCACCAAAAACCCCUGAAAAAGUCAACAAAAGUGGUGCUGCUGGCAUUGACUUUCCAGUUGAUACAGUGGGUGAAGUUGACUCCCCAAUCAAAGUAUCAACCAAGAAACGUGCCAGGCGUGUCAUCGAAAGUGACAGCGAGGAUGACUGUGAAGUCGUCGUCAAGUCGCCGGUAAAAGAUGACAAUCAGAAUGAAGAGACGGUUCUCCCCAUUAAACAAAAAGCCCAAAAGGUCACCCCUGCUAAACAGCCCCAAACACCCAAUGCCAAGGCAUCUCCAAUGCCAACUCGACCUCCUGACUCUCCUCAACUCAUGUCGCCAACAACUGGUUUACCUCUCAGGAAAACAGCUAGAAAAAGCUUCAGUUAUGGCACGAAGAGGAAGGCGGAAUCAAGUAGCCAGGAUAGUGGAAUCGGUGAGGAAACGCCUUCAAAGAAAACCAGGGUGUCUACAUCUCCAAGGAAGAAAUGUGAAAGUAAUGAUGUGGACAUGAAAGAUGCAAUGGUCGAGGAAAAGAAUGGUUCGUCUCCUGCAAAAGAAGAGAUAAUGGAAGCGGAGCAGAGUGAGUCUACUGAGGUUGGACGGGAAGAAUCUAAAAAGGAGGAUGAGUCUGAUGGUGACAAGUCAGAGAAGAAACCCACUAGUUCUGGGAAAGGAGCUUUUAUGAAUUUCUUCGGGGGUAAAAGUCAAACGCAAGCUAAGAAGAGUAAAGAAACUAGUGUAAAAAACUCGGAGACUGAGAAAAGUGACUCUGGUCCCAAUAAGGAUGAUUCAAAAACUGACCAUGCUAACAAAAAGGACCUUGCUGAUAAUUGUGCAACCAAAGAUGCUACUAAAACUAAUGGUGCGUGUGAAGACAUUGGUAAAAAACCAGCAAAAAGUUCUAAAACACCUGAGACAGAAAAGAAAAAGAGAGGUCGAAAGAAAAGGGAAGACAAGAAAUCAGAAAAAAAUACGAAAGAUGUAAAAACUGAAGAUUCUGAGAGAAAGACUGAUUCAGAGUCGGACACUAAAACUGGCAUUGAGAAAGUUGAAGUGAAAAAGGAGAUGGGUGCCAGUGAUAAAGUGAAAAAGGAGACUGAUAAAAGUGAUGAAAAAGUUGAGGUUGGAAGUCAAGUCAAGUCUGCAGUGGAAUCUGAGAAAAAUAAGGCGGCGGCUAUGAGCUUCUUCGGUGGUCCAGCAAAGUCCACGACAAUUGGUGACGAUGGCAAGAGCUACAAUCCAUCAGUAUCCAAGUACCAUCCCAUUGAUGAUGCGUUCUGGAAGAAAGGAGAAAAAGUGCCAUAUUUGGCUUGUGCCAAGACAUUUGAAUACAUCGAAGCUCAGAGCUCUAGACUCAAAAACAUUGAAAUGCUCUGUAACCUGUUCCGGUCGAUCAUUGUCCUUUCGCCAGAUGAUCUUCUUCCCUGCCUCUACCUCUGCCUCAACCGACUGGCGCCCGCUUACGAGGGCGUCGAGCUGGGUCUUGGGGAGACCGUCCUCAUGAAGGCCAUCGCUCAGGCAACGGGCAGGAGCGUGGAUAAGGUCAAGAGUGAUGCUCAGAAUAAGGGAGAUUUAGGCCUGGUGGCUGAGGCAAGUCGAGGUAACCAAAGAACAAUGUUUGCACCCCCAAAACUGACAGCACGAGCUGUCUUUAACAAGUUGAAAGAAAUUGCUGUCUUAACUGGAAAUGCUGUGAUGAACAAAAAAGUUGACAAGAUCAAGUCCAUGUUUAUAGCCUGUCGCUACUCUGAAGCACGAUAUCUGAUUAGGUGUUUAGGUGGGAAGCUGAGGAUAGGUCUGGCUGAACAGUCCGUGCUGGUGGCUCUUGGUCAUGCAGUUGUCCUCACACCCCCUGGGCAAGAAUACCCUCCAGAAGUCCUGAAUGCAGGAAAGGGCCUCUCUGCAGAUGCACUGAAGAAAAGAUUAGAGGAGGCUGUCCUCACAGUAAAAACAACAUACAGUGAAUGUCCAAACUAUGAUGCCAUCGUCCCGGUGCUACUAAAAGAUGGAUGGGAGAAGCUGCCUGAAAAAUGUAAGAUUACGCCUGGUAUCCCUCUCCGGCCGAUGCUGGCGCACCCGUCCAAGGGUGUGACGGAAAUCUUCAAAAGAUUUGAGGAUUCAGACUUCACAUGUGAAUGGAAAUAUGAUGGAGAAAGAGCUCAGAUUCAUGUACUUGAGGAUGGCACUGUCAAUAUCUACAGCCGGAACUCGGAGAACAACACAUCCAAAUACCCCGACAUCAUUGCCAGGAUGCCCAGUGUGCUGAAGGAGGGGACCAAGUCUUGCAUUAUCGACUCUGAGGCGGUCGCCUGGGACAGGGAACAGAAACACAUCCUUCCAUUCCAAGUUCUGAGCACACGGAAACGAAAGGACGCCGAUGCCGCCGAAAUCAAGGUCCAAGUCUGCCUGUAUGCGUUUGAUCUCCUCUUCCUGAACGGAGAAUCCCUGGUCCGGGAAUCGUUACGAACGAGACGCGAGAAACUCAAAUCCUGCCUGAAUGAGAUCGAGGGCGAGUUCAUGUUCGCAACGGCGAUGGAUUCUACUGACACGGACCAGAUUAGUGAGUUCCUGGAUGAGUCAAUCAAGGGCAACUGUGAAGGCCUGAUGGUGAAGACGCUUGAUAGGGAUGCAACGUACGAGAUUGCAAAACGCUCACACAACUGGCUCAAGCUUAAGAAAGACUAUUUGGAGGGUGUUGGCGAUACCCUGGACGUGGUUCCGAUCGGUGGUUACCAUGGCACUGGCAAGAGGACGGGCAAAUAUGGUGGAUUCUUACUGGCCUGUUACGAUGAGGAGAAUGAAGAGUACCAGUCUAUAUGUAAGAUUGGUACAGGCUUCAAAGACGACGACCUAGAACAGCAUUCCAAGUUUUUCAAGGAGCACGUUCUGGAGAAACCUCGCUCCUACUAUCGGUACGACCGUGGGGUCGAACCAGACCACUGGUUCGAUGCCGUCCAGGUGUGGGAGAUAAAGGCAGCUGAUUUGUCCAUCUCUCCUGUUCACUUUGCUGCCGCGGGACUGGUUGACCCCGAGAAGGGUAUAUCACUCCGAUUUCCACGUUUCCUCCGAAUACGGGAUGAUAAGAAACCAGAAGAAGCUACUUCAAGUGCUCAAAUCGCUGAAAUGUACAACAGCCAGGAGCAGAUAAAGAACACAUCGAAACCAGCAGCAGACGACAAGGAUGUUGAUGAGGAGGAUUUCUACUGAUGAUAAUAUCCACCAUGAACGUGUUGAACUUGAACUGUAUGUGUACAAAGAUCUUGAGGUGUCCUAAAGGAUUAAACUGGAACAAAAUAACUGGUUUAGGAACAUGGAAAAACUUGUUUUAUUUACUGCAUUUGAACAAUGUGCAAUGACUGUUUUCAUGGCCAAUACUUACAGAGAAGGAUGUUGUCUUGGAGAAAAAGACUUGUGUUAUUGACACAAAUGGCCUUUCAUUAUUGUGUGCAUGAAAAAUGGCCUUAUAAAUUUGUGAAAUAAGAAGACCUGGAGAAAAGUUCUUUUUCCUGGCGAUGUAAAAUACAUUCGCAGUAGUGAUGUAUUUACAUUGUGCAUUUCGUAAUGCGUCGUAGUACAUUAUGUCAUGAUGUCAAUAGACUGGUAUUUUGACCAUCCUAGGAUGCGACAUGACGCUCUGGACCAAAAUACCGAUCCGUUGUAUUGAAAUGAUUAAAAUGUGAAAAAUGUGCAUGUGCUGUGUGUUCAGUUUUAAAAAUGUGGGAAAGAAUAUGUCUUCUAACAUGACCUAGAACUAUCGACUACAAUUUGGCUCUAGCCUCCAGGGUUUUGGAAUCUCAACCUUGACCUUCUGCCUUAGGUUAGCAAAAAGUGCUACAGGGAGAAAGGCUAUCAGUUCCCAUGUCAGUUACAUUGCAGUGAUUUUAAUCGUCUCUGCUUACAUCACUUCACUCACCAUGGAGAUUGCCAAGCUUGCCCCAGGCUGGAAGCAUCCACUCCCAACCUGUGGAAUAAAAGCCUGAUUAAAAAGCACUGGACCAAUAUGUUUUUAAUCACAUUCAUGUUGUUUUUUUGUUGGAAGUAGCUGUGAGGUGGUUAUCACAUUACGAGAGAUGGCACUCAAAUAUAUUGAAAUUUGUCCAAUAUCUUUCAAAGAUGUUUGCAAAACCGGCUAUCCUAGGGAGUUGUUUGAUUGCUUUAUGCUAAAAAGCAAUAGCCUUGGGCAUUCAUUCCCGUUAACUUGCCUUCCAUUGACGUAUAAUUCAUAAAUUUGAUCAGAAAUUUUCCAAAUUUUGUGAUUGUAGGUGCUCAUAUUUUGUAAUUCACAAAGUUUAGUUUUCCCUGCAGAGUUACAACUGAAUUUUUUAUCAGCCUACAGGCGUAAAAGAUUUUUUGGUUUGCGUUUUAUUUUUUUCUCAGCCUUUUAUUAAAGGAGUGGUGAAGCCAAACUCUAUGAUACUUGAUAUCUGUGAUUCUGAAAGCGUUAUGAUGAAUAUGUUUUCUAAAAUAGUAAAUGUAAUAAGUAGCCUGACUAAUAUCCAUUUUGAGGCUACACCACACCAGUCUAAAAAUACCAAAGUACCAAUUCACCUCUUCCAAAUGGAUUUUUUUUUCCAUCAAUGUUUUGCGUAUCUUAAUGGUAUCCCACGCAAGAACUUCCUGCAGUUCCUGCAAUGGAGAAAUUUGAUACAUGACCAUCAUUCAUGUGUCUUGUGAAAUUGAUAGAAAUCUGUAAAUAAAUCAGAAUAUAUAUCAAUUAA